AUGGUCGGUGAAUUGCGACCAUCCGCCCCCGACUCACGAGUCAGGAAGGCGCCUAAUCGCCAGUCGCGCUCCUGUAAGUGUGAUCGUGUUAAGCCUUGUCAUGCAUGCUGCGCUCACGGGUACCCAUCGAAAUGCGUCUACGAAAACAUUCCCGACGAGGAAGCUCGUCCUAUUACUCAAGCGGAGGAAAUUAGGAAUUUGCGGGCGGAGAUCCGAGAAUUGAGGACAAAAGUUGAUGAAAGACGAGAUGGGUCUGGAGAUCAAGAACUCGAGCGGCUGGACCAGCUUGAGGGCUUAUUUGACUCUAUUCGAUCCGCCCCGUCUAGUGUAGUUGACCAGCUCGUGCGUGAGAUUCGAUCCGCACAUGGUGGAGUAAAGAGAAGUCUGGUGAAAGUAGGACCGUGGGAGGGACAUGAAGCAUACGAAGGUUACGAUUAUACGGGCGGUUUGCGACGAUCUGUCAUUCCAAUCCGACGAUCUACUCGAGAUUCGAGCUGGGAGGUCAACUUCAAUGAUCCGCUCGAAGAUGAGGAGGAUGAAAAUGGUGAACUUUCUGAACGAAUGUCCUUGUCCAGUGGUUCCGAAUCAGGAUCGUCCGGAACGAUCUCUGUGAUGAGCAUGCAAAGACCCGCCGUGGAUAUAUUCGUGGAACGGUUUGUCGAUGCGUUUAGUCCAGAGGUCGAUUCUAAGUCUGGUCGAGCAGGAGCUCUGCGCGCAGCUGCAGAGAUUCGAAUGUUUUCACCGUUGAUCUCUGACGCAUUCGAGGCAGUCUCCGUCGCUUUCUUUGGUAGAUCGGUGCAAAAUAAAGAAAUUGAGGCGUCGGGCUUUCGUUUGUACCCACGAGUAUUGCGUGGACUGCAGGACGCAUUGAUUGACCCUGAGCGAUCUAAAUCAGAAGCAACGCUAGUGACAGUCACCCUGUUACUUGCUUUUGAGAGUGUGGAAAGGACGACACAUAGUGGUGUCCCAGCUCAUGUCAGAGGUGCUGUGCGAUUAAUUGAACAUCGAGGACCAGAAAAUCACAUGUAUGGAGUGGAGCAUCUUCUCUUCACUGAGCUACGACCUUACUGGAUCGGUGGUGCGAUGGCAACACGACAGCCAUCCUUCCUUGCUCGCGAAGAGUGGAAAACAAUCCCGUGGUCGGCCGGAACGACUACUAAGGAUAUCCUACACCACCUGCUUGACCUGGCAGCCGAAGUUCCUGCAUUACUAGCGCAAUCAGAUCAAUUCCAGGAGGCACAAGAGUCAUCCGUGAUGGGAGCACAAGAAAUGACAGUGAAGCAAACUGCUAUUUGGAAUGGAAUUACUGAUCUCACAGGUCGUUUCUACCAAUGGCAUCAAGAUUGGGUUGAGUGCUACCCAGAUGGUCCCCCACAAGAAGCAGAGCAAAAAGGCGAGCAGGGAUUCCCGAUAUUUAGAAGACGAGACUUGCGGACUGGCGCUGUCUAUGCCGCAACCAAACUUACAUAUCCAAACCUUCUCCUUGCACAAACCAUGUGUGUAUACUAUGCUGUUCGCUUGAUCCUCUCGUCUAUUGAUACCCGCCCGGUGGAUCGAGUCUCUCUGAUGGAGAAGUAUGAGCUUGGAUGCGGCAUUUGUCGCACAUAUGAAUAUUAUAUUCUCACGGCACCCGGAAACAUGAUCAAUCGCCUGGCGUUUCCUACACGUGUGGCAUGGGAAGCCUUCCCUGAUGGCGGUCCCGAGCGAGCUUUUAUGGCUGAAGUUUUGAGUCUAGUUGAGAAGCGCCAUUCCUUGGGCCUUUGGGGUGGCAAUAUGUCCGAGCUCUCCACUCAUAAGGACUCACCACUCAACACGGAUCAAACUUGA